UCCCUUAGUUAGGUUUAACCGUAUUGCACCAUGUUUAUCUGUGUUUAUUGUAUCUGACGUUUCAGUGUAUUUUUGUGAAGACUGCUGUCAUCUUUACAGACCAAAUAACGAACAGAUGGCACUUUCAUUCUACUACAACAAAAAGCACAAUGAAUGUGUUCUGGAGGAGCUGGAGGUCGGAGACAUGGUGGAGUUUCCGAAUAACAUUUAUUCUCACUGGGGAGUCUAUAUAGGUAAUGAAAACAUCGUCCAUCUGACGGGGGAUAAAGCGACCAAUGCAGGCGCCAAUGGAUCUUUUGUCAGUGGGUCAUUCUUCUCCGUUUCUGGCGUUCAGCUUGACAAAGCAUGUGUUAAGGUUGAACAUUUUUUGGAAGUUGCUGAAGGGUGUAUGGCAAAACGGAACAACGACAAAGACAACACUCUGAGGGCUAUUGGCAUUCGUCCACGCCCUCGCGACGAAAUCGUGAGGACAGCCUUGGCUUCGAGAGGUGAGGCAAAGUACAAUGUUUUAUGGAACAACUGCGAACAUUUCGCCUCCUACCUUCGAUACGGCGAAAAAUGGUCCGACCAGGCCAACCUCGCUGUCGGUACGAUUAUAGUAGGAGGAGCUGUUGUCGUUGGGGGCUUACUCAGGUCUCUCUUUCUACAUCUCUAUUAUUCUUUUCGGAAAAAAAAUUGA